ACGUGAGAGCCAGCGUAGGCCUCACAUAACUUCGGAGGCUCAGACAACUCUUCUCGGUUACACGUAUCACACUCCAGGCCUACAGUACUGCAAUCAUGUCGAACAAUGAUGCUACGGCGGCACGGUUCCUGAAUUACCCCACACCGACGGCACGCGACGCUCCCUACACACCCCCACCCCCAGCUAAGAACCCUGUGAUCAAAGGCACACCAUUGAACUACCUUGGAAGCAUUGUUGCCGCAGUACCUGGCCUGCCGUACCUGCUAUGGAGCAACGCAGGCUUCAGCUCCUUGCGCAGCUGCAAGGAGCUUGUCGGCAUACAACCUCGAUACGAUCCAACCGUAAUCCCAGUGUCGGCGUCUCUUGAUGCAGCACCUAUCUUGCCUGUUAAUGUGAACGAAUUGCGAGUCACACCGAUAGACACGAAGGAUCGCUUCUACACGGUCGCCGACUUCAACAAUGCCUACACGAGCGGCACGCACACACCGACCGACGUGGUAGAGACCCUAUUACCUCUUAUACGUAGAGACUCAAAACAGCGUACGCGUCAUUCCACAGCUUUCAUGCCUAGUCAGAUUGAGCUUGUUCGAGAAGCGGCCGAGGCAUCGACCAAGAGAUGGAAGGCUGGCAAGCCCUUGAGCAUAUUGGACGGUGUUCCGUUCGCCGUGAAGGACGACCUUGAGGUCAAGGGCUACAAGAGGUACAUCGGUACCAGUCAUGACUACACGGAUGGUAGAGAACACGAAGCGGAGACGAGCUGGUGUGUAAAGAAGGUCGAAGAGCAGGGUGCUGUUCUCAUCGGCAAGCUUAACAUGCAUGAGCUGGGUAUGGACACCACGAACAACAAUCCUAUCUGGGGGACGCCAUUGAACCCGUACCAUGAACAGUACUAUACUGGAGGCUCAUCUGGAGGUGCGGCGUCCGCUGUCGCAGCCGGACUUGUUCCCUUUGCAAUUGGGUCAGACGGUGGUGGCUCUGUUAGAAUCCCAUCGAACUACUGCGGUCUCUAUGGACUCAAGACAUCCCACAGCCGAGUUUCAACGGCUCCUCUGGCGAAUGAUGGCACGUCUGUGACGGUACGAGGUCCUUUGGCAAGCAACAUGGCAGACCUAGAGAUCUCAUACCGUGUUCUCGCACAGCCGGAUCCUUCAAACUACCCAUCCUCUGAGUUUCAACCACCGCGAGCCUUUACAGGCCCCCGUGACAAGAUCCUUGGUAUUUACAAGCCGUGGUUCGAGCGCGCCGAUCCUCCUGUCCAAGAAGCAUGCCAUUCGGCUCUAAACUAUUUGCAGUCUGAGCUUGGCUACCAGGUGGUGGAUGUCAGCAUCCCUCUUCUUCAUCAGGGGCAGCUUGCCCAUGCCAUGACCAUUCUUGCAGAAGGCGCAUCCGGUCACAAGACCUCUGUGUACGAGCUCACGCCAGCCAACAGAAUCCUCAUGAGCGUGGCCCGGCAGACACCAGCCACGGACUUUCUGCUCGCCCAGCGCGUCCGCAAUGUGAUCAUGGAACACCUCGCUUACCUCUUCAAGAAGCAUCCAGGUCUUAUCAUCGUCACACCCACAACUCCCAAUGCGGGUUGGCCGAUCGAAGAAGCGGACCUGGCUCACGGUAUGACGGACGCCAACAUGCAACUCAAGAACAUGGAAUACGUCUGGCUUGCAAACUUCACAGGCGUCCCCUGCAUUCAAUUCCCAGUCGGGUAUGUGGACGGAGUCAAGGGUAAGGGUAAAGGCAAGGUGCCUAUCGGACUGAGCGGACAGGGUGAGUGGGGGUAGCGAAGACGCCCUGAUAGAAUUUGGGUUCGAUGGCGAGAAGUGGCUGCACGAGGGCUAUGCAGGUGGGAAGCUGAGACCUGGGGCGUGGGUCGACGUGUUGAAAGCUACGUAAAGACGAGGAGGUAGCCACCGCGCCCUGGCACAGUCGAGUUGCCUUUUGGCAGUUUUAAAGGAUUGAAAUCUUCUUUAGCACAGGCAGUAGGGAUCUGAAAUACAACUGAAUUCCCCCACUAAAGUG